GCGGAAGCAGAGGUGCCAACCCCGUGUUUUCUCGUUACACCGUGCCGAAAUUAAUAGGGAGAUUCAUGGAACGGAUCAUGUGAGGUAUCUCGUUUUGAUAAGAAAAAAUAUUAACUUGAACGCGCAAUGGCAAACCAAUCGAGUCGGAAACACCAGAUAAAUGCAUCUAUUUUAUGUGGACCGUAUUGUAAGUCAGCUAUGCAGUCAUAGACUUAUGUUAUGCGGAUGAGGCGAAUUGUUAUCGCUCGACAUGUGUUAAACUGGAUGUUUUUUUAAAGCUUAUAGCCCAGUGAAAGAGGACAUAUAAUAUAUAUAUAAUAUAUAUAUAGCCAUUCAGCCAGAAGAACACUAAUGGACAAAUAUGUGACAUGGAAAUAUAAACUUUAUCCUUCAUUUUUCAUAUCAUUUGGACAUCUGGGCAAUUGACAUUAUGGGAAGUAACAAGGCGGAGACAACCAAACCGAAUCUCUGAAGAAAAAUAAUAUUAUUUGUUGAAUACUUUCUUGAACAUUCCACACACCGAAAGGAUCGCGUGGCUGGAACAACUGUGUGUGUUGUGAUGCUUUUUCUCUAUUUUUUUAUCUAGUGUCAGUUUAGAUUUUUUGAGUAAGAUUAGUGCGAUUCUAGAAUGGCUCGCUUCGAAGAAGAACUAUCUAACCGGCGUGGAGGGGUCUGUCAAGCGGGCCCACCAAGAGGGGCAGGUAGGCCAGCAGGCCCCCCAAGCGGUCCUAGGGUGUACAAACAAUCAAUGGCCCAACGAGCCAGGACAAUGGCCAUUUAUAACCCCAUCCCUGUCAAGCAGAGCUGUCUUACUGUCAACCGUUCUCUAUUCAUCUUUAGUGAGGACUGUAUCAUACGGAAAUAUGCCAAAAAGAUUACCGAAUGGCCUCCAUUUGAAUACCUGAUCCUGGCCACCAUUAUAGCCAACUGCAUCGUCCUUGCCUUGGAGCAGCACCUACCAGCCAGCGACAAAACCCCCAUGUCAGAGCGCCUGGAUGACACAGAGCCCUAUUUUAUUGCAAUAUUUUGUUUUGAAGCUGGCAUUAAGAUCAUCGCCCUUGGUUUUGCGUUUCACAAAGGCUCCUAUCUUCGGAAUGGCUGGAAUGUAAUGGACUUUGUGGUGGUACUAACAGGGAUGCUGGCUACAGUGGGAGCAGACUUUGACUUGAGAACUCUGAGGGCAGUACGGGUCCUGAGGCCACUGAAACUGGUGUCUGGAAUCCCUAGUCUUCAGGUAGUUCUAAAGUCCAUCAUGAAAGCCAUGGUGCCUCUGCUGCAGAUUGGCAUGCUGCUCUUCUUCGCUAUACUCAUGUUCGCCAUCAUCGGCCUGGACUUUUACAUGGGCAAGUUCCACCGGACCUGCUUCAGGACUGAUACAGGUGAGCAGGCAGCAGAGUUCCCCUGUGGUUUGGAGGCUCCAGCGAGGACCUGUGAAAAUGGAACUGUGUGUCAGGAAUACUGGAUUGGCCCCAACUACGGCAUUACCAACUUUGACAACAUCCUCUUUGCUAUUCUGACCGUCUUCCAGUGCAUCACCAUGGAGGGAUGGGUGGACAUCCUCUAUAACGCCAACGAUGCCUCAGGGAACACCUGGAACUGGAUCUAUUUCAUCCCCCUCAUCAUCAUCGGAUCCUUCUUCAUGCUCAACCUGGUCCUGGGAGUCCUGUCUGGGGAGUUUGCCAAGGAGCGUGAGCGUGUGGAGAAGAGGCAGGAGUUUCUGAAGCUUCGCAGGCAGCAGCAGAUUGAGAGGGAGCUGACUGGAUACCUGGAAUGGAUAUGCAAGGCAGAGGAGGUGAUGCUGGCAGAGGAGGACAAGCAUGCUGAAGAGAUGUCUCCUCUGGAUGGAGCGUGGUACAAGAGGAAACACAACAACCCAGUGUUAAAAAGAGCCAAGAAGAGCAAUAAUGACCUGAUCAACGCUGAGGAGGGCGAAGACCACUUCACUGACAUCUCAUCUGUUGAGUCUCCGUUCAUACGGGCUGCUCCCCCAGGGUCUGCGUUCACCCGGGCUACUCCCCCAGGUUCUCCAUUCACCCGGGCCAGCCUGAAGAGCAGCAAGAACGACAGUGCUUCCUACUUCCGGAGGAAAGAGAAGCGGCUCCGCUUCACCAUCAGACGCCUGGUCAAGGCCCAGAGCUUCUACUGGACAGUCCUGUGUCUGGUGGGCCUCAACACACUGUGUGUGGCCAUUGUUCAUUAUGACCAGCCUGAGUGGCUCACCUAUGCGCUGUAUUUGGCAGAGUUUGUAUUCCUGGGCUUGUUUUUGACUGAGAUGUCCAUGAAAAUGUAUGGACUAGGACCUAGGAACUACUUCCAUUCCUCUUUCAAUUGUUUUGAUUUUGGAGUGAUUAUAGGCAGUAUUUUUGAGGUGAUCUGGGCAGUUGUGAAACCUGGGGCUUCCUACGGCAUCAGCGUCCUGCGAGCUCUCCGUCUGCUCAGGAUUUUCAAGGUCACUAAGUACUGGAACUCUCUGAGGAACCUGGUGGUCUCUUUACUCAACUCCAUGAAGUCCAUUAUCAGCCUGCUCUUCCUCCUCUUCCUCUUCAUCGUGGUGUUCGCCCUACUGGGCAUGCAGCUCUUUGGGGGAAUGUUUAAUUUUGAAGAGGAGACACCAACAACAAACUUCGACAACUUUCCAGCAGCCAUUCUCACAGUUUUCCAGAUUCUGACAGGAGAGGACUGGAAUGCGGUGAUGUAUCAUGGGAUAGAGUCCCAGGGGGGCGUUCGGUGGGGAAUGUUCUCCUCCAUCUACUUCAUCGUUCUCACCCUGUUUGGAAACUACACUCUGCUCAAUGUCUUCUUGGCCAUCGCUGUUGACAACCUUGCAAACGCACAGGAGCUCACAAAGGACGAGGAGGAGCAGGAGGUGGCCAUCACUAAGAAGAUGGCCCUCCAGAAGGUCAAGGAGGUGAAGGAGGUCAGCCCCAUUUCGGCAGCUAACAUCUCCAUCACUGCUAUGGAUCAGCAGAAGUCUCUGAAGAUGAUGUCAGUGUGGGAGCAGCGCACCACUCAGCUGAGGAGACACAACCUGCGGGCUAGCAGUGAGGCCCUGUACAGCGAGCUGGACCCUGAGGAGAGGCUACGCAUGUCCUCCGCCCUGCACAUCCGCCCUGACAUGAAGACCCACCUGGACCGGCCCCUGGUCGUGGAGCCCCACGAUGGCCCCGGCCCCAUGGGCUACCUCAAGCCCUGGACCCCUGAGGAGACAGAUAACCCUGGGGACCCAGCCGGCCCCCAGCCACGUAGGCGCCACCGGGACAGGGAGAGACCCAUCGACAAGGCCAAUGAGAUUGGAGAUUCAGGCAAAGAGGGUAGGCACCAUGUCCAUCACAGUCGCAGCAAGGACCCCAACGGGACUCGGUAUAAGGAGGGGAAGAGUGAGCGGUCGCACAGCCGAGAGGGUGGCAGGAGGCACCACCAGCAGACCUCAGUGGACGAGGGAGGUGGAGGGGGAACUGGGACGGGAGAGAGAGAGCACCGCCACCACCACUCCCACAGACAGGCCAGAGAGGGUAAUGGCACUGUCAACAGCGGACGCAAGGAUGAGCGCAGGUCACGCCACAAAGAUGGCCGCUCGGGAGAGAUAUGCUCCAGGAGAGAGAACAGGGCCAAUGGGGAGAGGAGGAGACAGAAGACCCACAGUUACAGGGGCAAGUCCACACUGGAGGGAGAGGAGCACAGUGAGAGGGAGAGGGGGAAGGGCCACAGGGACAGAUAUGUGGAAUCUGAGGGCGACUCCAUGGCCACUAGCACCCAGCAGGACCCUGGAGAUCAGAGGUGGGGCACAGAGAUACCUGAAGACUCAGACAACCAGAGGAAUGUCAGACGGACAGGACGGACGGCCAUCCACAUCCCCCCUGUCACCAUCACCUCCCCGCCUGGGGAGAUCACCCUUAUCCCCAUGAACAGUAUAGACUGUGAGACCAUACCUAUGAACAAGGAGAAGAAGACCCUGGAGGCGUUGACUCGGACCGGACCCAGACCCAUCCUCCCCUACAGCUCCAUGUUUGUGUUUGGCCAGACCAACAUGGUGCGGCGUCUGUGUCAUUACAUUGUGAGCCUGCGGUACUUUGAGAUGUGUAUCCUGGUAGUGAUAUCUAUGAGUAGCAUUGCAUUGGCUGCUGAGGACCCUGUCCAGGCCAACGCUCCACGCAACAAUGUGCUCAAGUAUCUGGACUACGUCUUUACGGGAGUUUUCACAUUUGAGAUGGUGAUUAAGAUGGUUGACCUGGGCCUUCUGCUCCAUCCUGGUUCUUACUUCAGAGAUCUCUGGAACAUUCUGGACUUCAUUGUGGUCAGUGGAGCACUGGUGGCAUUUGCAUUUUCAGGGUCCAAAGGGAAGGACAUCAGCACCAUCAAGUCCCUCAGAGUUCUGCGAGUCUUACGGCCCCUCAAGACCAUCAAGCGCCUGCCAAAGCUGAAGGCUGUGUUUGACUGUGUGGUCAACUCCCUGAAGAACGUCUUCAACAUUCUCAUUGUCUACAUGCUCUUCAUGUUCAUCUUCGCUGUCAUCGCUGUGCAACUGUUCAAGGGGAAGUUCUUCUACUGCUCCGACGAGUCCAAGGCACUGGAGAAGGACUGCAGAGGUCAUUUCCUGGACUACGAUAAGGAUGAGGUGGCCGCCCAGCCUCGGGUGUGGAAGAAGUAUGAGUUCCACUAUGACAACGUGCUGUGGGCCUUCCUCACUCUCUUCACUGUGUCCACCGGAGAGGGCUGGCCCGAUGUUCUGAAGCACUCUGUGGACGCUACCUUUGAGGACCAGGGUCCCAGUCCAGGCUACCGUAUAGAGAUCUCCAUCUUCUACGUGGUCUACUUCGUGGUCUUUCCCUUCUUCUUCGUCAACAUCUUUGUGGCCUUGAUCAUCAUUACCUUCCAGGAGCAAGGGGACAAGGCCAUGUCAGAGUGCAGCCUGGAGAAAAAUGAGAGGGCCUGCAUUGACUUCGCCAUCAACGCCAAGCCACUGACGCGUUACAUGCCAGAGAACGUGGAGUCCUUCCAGUACCGGAUGUGGAAGUUUGUGGUGUCACCCCCGUUUGAGUACGCCAUUAUGAUCAUGAUCGCCCUGAACACUGUGGUGCUCAUGAUGAAGUUCCAUGGAGCUCCAGACUUUUACGAGGCCAUGUUGAAGCACUUCAACAUGGUCUUCACUGCCCUCUUCUCUCUGGAGUGUAUUCUGAAGAUCAUCGCCUUCGGACCACUGAACUACCUGAAGGAUGCCUGGAACGUGUUUGACUUUGUGACCGUGCUGGGAAGUAUAACUGACAUUGUGGUCACAGAAAUCAAUACAACGGACCGGCUUUUGAACCUGAGUUUUCUGAGGCUGUUCAGAGCAGCUCGUCUCAUCAAACUACUGAGGCAAGGCUACACCAUCCGUAUCCUGCUGUGGACCUUCGUCCAGUCCUUUAAGGCCCUGCCCUAUGUUUGCCUUCUGAUAGCAAUGCUGUUCUUCAUCUAUGCCAUCAUCGGUAUGCAGGUGUUCGGAAACAUUGAGCUCAACGAGGGCACAUCCAUCACUCACCACAACAACUUCCGCACUUUUCUUCAGGCUCUCAUGCUACUGUUCAGGAGUGCCACAGGGGAGGCGUGGCAUGAGAUCAUGCUGUCGUGUUUGAGUCACAGAGCCUGUGAUGAGAGGUCAGGCAACCUGGGGAAGGAGUGUGGCAGCGACUUUGCCUACUUCUACUUUGUGUCCUUCAUCUUCCUCUGCUCUUUCCUGAUGCUUAAUCUGUUUGUGGCUGUGAUCAUGGAUAACUUUGAAUACCUGACUCGAGACUCUUCUAUACUGGGGCCUCAUCAUCUGGAUGAGUUCAUCCGUGUUUGGGCUGAGUACGACCCUGCUGCCUGUGGCCGUAUCAAGUACCUCGAUAUGUAUCAGAUACUCCUCCACAUGUCCCCACCCUUAGGUUUGGGAAAGAAAUGUCCGCCAAGAGUCGCCUACAAGCGGCUAGUCAAGAUGAACAUGCCCAUCGCUGAUGACAACACAGUCCACUUCACCUCUACACUCAUGGCCCUGAUCCGGACGGCUCUGGAGAUCAAACUGGCCUCAGGGAUGGUUGCCCAGCGUCUCUCUGAUGCUGAGCUGAAGAAAGAGCUCUCCCAGGUUUGGCCAAGCCUCUCACAGAAAACGAUGGAUCUGUUGGUGACACCACACAAACCCAAUGAGCUUACUGUUGGGAAGGUGUAUGCAGCCCUGAUGAUCUUUGACUACUACAAGCAGAACCGAGCCAAGAGGCUCAAGGAACAGCAACAGCAGCAGCAGAAUGCUACUGGCUCCCAGGGGAAGGUGGGGGCUCUGUUUAAACCAAUACUGCCCCUGACUCACAAGCAGGAGAAAGUGAAGGAGAAGGCCAAGACCAACGUGGAGCCUCCCUGUGAGCUACUGCCUCAGCCCCAGUCUCAGGCCCUACCUAGACCCAGCUCCACCCUGCUCAACAACGGAGGCACACUGCCAGGCCAUGAUGGCACCAUGAAAGGAUCAUCCUCCUGGGUGUCAGAGAAGUCUAGAGAGGUCCACAGACCCAGGAAUAAGACACCUGUCCUAAAGGGCCAGUCUGAGGAUGUCCCAAACCUAACCAUCCCCCAGGAGUCAGUGGAGAUGAGGAAGAUGGACACCAGUUGCAGCACAGUGCCUGGUCCUGGGUCUGGACUGGAGAGCCUGGAAAGAGCUGUGUCCAUGCCUCGCCUCAAUGCAGAGCUGCAGAGGAGCAAGUCGCGCCACUCCCCGGGGACCCUGCUGGCACCUGUUCCUGACUGCAGCCCAGUGAAAUGCUCUGCGUCCACCCACGUCCCCCAGCGCCCCCAGGAGGUGAACCUGCAUGAAUACACCCUGGAGAGGCCCAGCACCCAAGAAAGGCCUCACCAUCACCACCACCACCACCGCUGCCACCACCACCGAGAGAGGGACAAGAAGCAGCGGUCACUGGACAGGACGCCAAGCACCAUUGGUGCACCAGGAGACCCGGCUGCAGAGCCCUCAUUUAGAGACAGGGUGCAGGACCGCGGCCGCUCCCAUGAGAGGAAGAACCACUCGACGGCAGGGGAGAAGCAGCGCUACUACUCUUGUGAUCGCUACAGCAGCAGGGAACACUGCCACACCACCAAGUCUGCCACCACCAGCUGUGCCACCUCCCCAAGCGAGGUGCAGGAACCCAACAUCAACAAGCAGGGUAGUGGUUCGGUUAAAGGCAGCCCAGUGAUGUUGACCUCAGGGGCUAUCACACCUCGCCGUGGACGCAGGCAACUCCCACAGACCCCCCUGACCCCCCGCCCCGGGGUGACGUUCAAGACUGCAAACUCCUCCCCUGUGCACUUUGUGUCUGCCCAGUGUAGCAGCGACCUGCCCACCCUGAGUCCUGGCCGGCUGAGCCGUGGGCUGUCUGAGCACAAUGCCCUGCUGCAUAGUGGCACCUCUCACAUCCCCUCCCCCAUCACCCGCAUCAGCUCUGAGCCCUUCCUGGGCUAUAGUCACAGUGACCCCCAGGGCCAGGGUAGCCCGUACUGCAACCUCCGGGACGAGCUGAUGAGCCCUUAUGCUGCCAGAGCACGCUCCCCUCGGACUGCAUGUCCUCAAAUGAGGCCGGGGGCCCUCCACCUGCCUCCACCACCCCAGAAGAGACGUGUGGUGCCCAACGAAUGCCACUUUACCUUUGGUGGUAAUGGCAACGCCAGCCUGGGCUCUGACUCUGGUGCCAGGCCACACAGGUACUAUCACAAGGCAGAGGAGGAUGAAUGGUGCUAGCAUGGCUUUGAACAGAUGUUUUUAAUGCAUUUUGAGGAAUCGUGAUGAGUUUUAUCAUCUUUUUUGAAGGCUUUAGUUUACACGGUUGCUGUAUGAUAAGCUAAUUAUGGGAAAUAAAUCAUGGAGGGGUGGAAUUAAUUUGAAUGUGAACAAAACAGCAGCAUUUUUAGGACCUGUAUGAAUAUGAAAGUGGAUGUAGAUUUGGUGAAUUGUUGGUAAUUCAGUUGGAUCUGACCAACUGUAAGGUGUCUAAUGCACUGAAGACAAUGGCAUUUUUCAUUGAGGGCACUUUUGCUUUGCUUCUUUAUCAAAUGUAAUUAUUUUUCAGUCUUGAUAUUGACCCAGAUAGUAGCAUAAGAAACCCUCCUACAGGUACACAGAGUAGAGAUGGGUGAGCAGCAGCCCUCUUUGCUGUCUCUGCAGCAGAGUGAUCGGCUCAAUGGAAAGUCCCAUGACAAUACCUAGACACUGUUAAGCAAGUGUAAUAACACAUGAUUAAGAAAUACUUAUUGAAACUUCCCUCAGAAAAACACUGGAAAAUAUCCUAAACAGCUAUUGCUUUGCUUUGGGACUCUUACCAUUCGGUAAUAUAAAGAGAUUUACAGUAGCCCAAUCCAUUAUAUAACAUUCCCUUCCUGUCAGAAGAUACAGCCUGAUAGAGCAGAGGGAUCGAUGCUGUCAUUCCAGACAAUGAUUUUUGAUUUGCUGCUGUUGAACCAUCAAACUUCACUACCACUACUAGAGAGAAAUUAGGAAUGGAAAUGAAAUGUUAUUUGUUUUAUAUAAAACUAUUGUAGAUGUUAUCUUUUCACUGUCUGCAUUUUCUGUAUGAUGUAAAAAACACUUUUAUGUAAAUUGCUUACAGUUUGUCAUAAUUUCAGGUCUAAUGUUUCUUACAUACUCUCUGCUUCCAAUGUUUAAUACAAAGUGCCUAUCCUUUUCAGAUAUACUGUAGUAAAGAUGCAAAGUCAACCGUUUUUGGAAAGCAUCAACACUUAAGCAGUUUGUUCAAUUGGCUAGCUCUGCAGGAGAACAAGUUGUACAGCCAGCCUUAUCUGAGAAACGCUAACUUUUAUUUGAGAAAAAAAUAACAUUUGAAUGGAAAUGACUAACUACCUUAUGAUUGCUGAUAUUUUUCUUGUUUAAUUGUCUUUUUGGUAAAUAUAUUUAAUCAAUGUGAGGGGUACAAUGAAAGCUAGUGCAAAAGCAUAUAUCAUGAACACGUAACAAACAUGCAUUAAUUGCAUUAGUAGCAUAUCAGUCCAGUUAGGAAGACAUUAUCAGAGUAACACAACUGCAUGUUUAAAUCAUAAACCUGGUUGACCACAGUCAUGAAGAUGUAGUAGUGUGUAUUUAUUUUCCUUGUGAGGAUACUCAACUGCGAUAGCAUUGCAACCUCUGUAUUGCCUUCUGUUUCAAUGUUAGAACUGCAGACUCAGUAAAGAACAGAAGGAAUCUGAUGAGAAACAAACAGUGUGCACUUUCUGGAUGGAUGUUCUUGAGAAGCAACGAUGAAUACAGAUCCCUGAUGAGAGAGUGUGCUGAGUUGGGGCCCGAGCACCCUCUGUGUCUCUCAAUUGGCUCAGACCUCUCUGUGGUAAAGGUUUAAGUCUCCCCAUUGGCUCGGACCCACGUGACUAAGAUCUGCCCCCGAUCUAAGCUUCCAUUUUUUAAGAAGAGGAUUUCCCAGCUGUCAGAUUAUAAUAUAAAUCUGGUUCACACCUUCUAUCUUUCUAUCUACCCAUCCCAUGAUAACCGCUGAUGUUGAUGAUUCACAUCUGCCUCUAAAAUGCUUCAGAUAUUAUACAUGGAUAGUAAUAUAAUAUCAUGGAAAAUGUUGCCCUGGGAUGGAUGAUCUAAUUCUUGGAUAGCUAAAAGAUUCUGCUCUUUUCUAUUCUACAGUACAUUGGGGGUGGAAUGUAACCAGGUAUGCUGUAUAAAGUAUGCUCUACUCCAGUGAAGGUGUUGCUCAAUUAUUGAUAGUAGCGGAGAUACUGUAGGUUGGACCAGGUGUCGCCAUGACCACACACUCCUCUGGGUUCUGUACUGCAUAUUUCCCAGAAGCAGGGUUUUGAUGACAGGGAAAGUAGGGCUAUGCAACAAGACACUAAGGUCAUAUACUUCAUCCAUUCUGUAGCUUUACGUGCUGAGAUCUCCAGAUUCAUUCUUCAGCAUGAUUGUGACCAAAUGUUUUAUAUAAAACAUUGUUUUUUUUAAAUGAUAAAAAUGUAUUUAAAAAUGCAUUAGGCACAACGAGUAAAGUGGAAAUUCAUAAAGUAUUUAGAAAUACAGCAACUUCUAUAUAUUUGCAUGCAUACAAUUUGCCCAUUUUGAUGAUGUCAAGAGGUAAACCUGUGUCUUAAACAGUAAGUGAACAAUGUUAUGGUUAUUUCUAUCUGUUCCGUGUCAGGUCACCUGAAAGGGGUGAUCGCUUCAGUGGAGGGUGUUCAGAAAUAUUGAAUAAACUGUAAUGGUUUUAUUUUGUAUAAGACAGGAACAAAUUCUCCACAUUAUUGUCCAGAUACAUUAAUUGAUUACCCCUUGACAUGUUGCCAUAGUGGGUCAAAAACAUACAUAUACAAUCAGUCUCUUCCUUCAUCUCUGUGGCCUCUUGUAUUAUUUCUUUCAUAAGAAACAUAUCCACACCCUCGUCUCUAACAGUUGGUUGCCAAACAUUGAACUGUUCCUAUUUCUCGUUCUGCAUACCAACUGCAGUGUACAUGUGGCUUCUGGAGAAAAUAAUGUUUGCAUGUUCUGACAAUGUAUGUGCAUGUAAAUCUUGGUACUUUUUGAUGCCAUCUGUUAAUUUCUUGUUAAUUUUUAUUGAUCUUUGAUAUAAACUGUGGGGUUUGUUGGAGAAAAAAAAACUUUAUAUAAAAACAGUAUUGAACAUUGUUGAUAGUUCCAGCAAUGCAACAGAGCUGGAACAUUAUUUGGGUCUUGAAAGUGAGAUGUUUGUUGCCUGAUUAUGUUUAUUGGCCAGACUUAGAAUUCUGAAGUUGUUUCUACAUUUACAUUUUGUAUGCAACCAAGUUCCUUGAAUUAAAAAAAUAAUAUGA